AUGGCCAAAAGAAAAAGAGAAAGCGGCUCCAAGGCCACCAAGACUCCCUCCGAGACCGUCAAACCUACGAGUGAAGAGAACACUUCUGCGAAGAUCACCAAAACCAACGGCCAUGUGGAUGUGAAGACCACUUUACCAGUCAUUCAAAUCGUUGUGGGCUCAUAUGAACGGGCUCUACAUGGCAUUACUGCAACCAUAUCGAACCCGUCGUCACCAGCAUCCCGGCUGUCGGUACAAUUUGCCGAUACCUUCUUGUUCAAUGCACAUGCGUCUGCCAUCAAAUGUCUAGCACUAUCACCUUUGCCGGAGCCCGGUUCUUCUGAAACACAGGGCGUGUAUCUUGCCACAGGCGGCUCAGAUGAGAAGGUCAAUGUCUUCAGCCUUUCCGCGGCACCAGUCAGCAACAAUGAGAGACUGCCACCCAUGCCCUCUCUGGGUAAGAACACCAUUUCUGAAAAUCCCAGAAAUAGGGAGCUCGGCACUCUUCUUCAUCACUCCUCUCAUAUCACGGCCCUGCAUUUCCCCACGCGGUCAAAACUACUCUCCGGGUCAGAAGACAACACCAUAGCAGUUACCCGUUUGAAAGACUUGACUGUGGUAUCAACAAUAAAAGUACCACGACCCAAGGCGCAAGGACAGCCCAGUGGAGACACAGCACCACCAGGUGCCACACCCGCGGGAAUUAAUGACUUCUCUGUGCACCCUAGCUUGAAGCUCAUGUUGAGCGUCGGUCGAGGCGAGAGAUGUAUGAGGUUAUGGAAUUUGGUGACGGGAAAGAAGGCCGGUGUUCUCAAUUUUGGUCGCGACAUCUUGCAAAAUGUGCGAGAGGGUAAGUACAGCAGCGGCGAGGGCAGACGGAUACGGUGGAAUCCCAAUGGCGCCGAGUUUGCCGUCGCCUUCGAACGCGGAGCGGUCGUGUUUGGGGAAAACUCCAAACCUAAAUGCAGGGUUCUGCCAGAGCCGCUCACCAAGCUACAUCAGAUUCACUAUCAAAGCAUCCCACCGAACUCGGACGAAGAGGACGCCACUACCCUUCUCGUUCUUUCGACCGAGGAUGGCCGGAUACUCUUCUAUGAUACCGACGCAAUCUCCCCUCAUCCAUCGAAUGAAACAAAUGGCAGUGACCAGACUGCCUCAGUAUCCCUUCCGGAGGCCACUCUUGUGGCGACCAUCGGCGGUAGAUCCGCAGGAUUCACGACGCGGAUCAAGGACUUUGAGCUCCUAUUUCUCCCCACUGAAGCCAACGGCCAAAAAGACAUGGCCAUCGUUGCAGCGAGCAGCGACGGCACAGUCCGCAUUAUCUUCUUACAGCUGUCUGAUGUGUUAGCCGCCUUGAAGAGCAAGAGGCCGGUCCACGCCGGAUCGGUAAUCGGAGCGUACGAAACCGGCAACAGAAUCACCUGCUUGAAGGCCUUUGUCAUGCUGCCUCCUAAGGAUGAUGAGGAUGGAUUUGGAGAAGCCGACGAAUUCGGGGGAUUCGAUGAGCAAGGAGAAAGCGAGAGUAAUAGUAGUAGCAGUGAUGAAGAUUGA